AUGAAGACUCUUUUUCUUAUUACCCUAGUGGUUUUUCUGGUUGGGUCUCUGACCCAGGCUGCAAAUGUACCUGAGGACCUGUUACAAUCAGCUAAUGAGGCAAAGGGCAAAGAUAAGGUGGAGCUUGUAAGCGACGAGGGAUUUGUAGAUGACCUAAGCGAAGAUGACGCUUCCGAUGUUGAAGAAGAAGACGAAGGCGAUCUGGAAGAUGAAGACACCAAUGGUGAUGAAGAUUUUGAUGACGAGGAAGAUCCCGAAAGGUAAUUGUGAUUUUUAUUCUUUUGCUCUAUACUGAAGAGUCAAUGGACUGCGAGAAGGCUCUUUUUUUUUCUUGUCAAAGUUUUUCCACUCGUAACCCAUGCACCCGAGGGGCGAGCGACGAUAAACGAGGGCGUUCAUCUUAAUCCCUUUUUUGUAAUGUCCUUGUUUACAAACGCGCUGACUAGGAUGAGAAGGCUUAGUUCGCAACCUUGUUACAUAUUUUCUUUGCGAUGACUUAUAGACUGCUUACAGCCCCCUAUUUAGUCUCCCGUAUAAUCGAUGGUCGUGAUCGAGCGGUUUCUUUCAAAUGUACCCAGCGGAACAGGCAUUGCAUAAGUAGGGGCGCCAGGCUCCCUCGUAGACGCCCACCAGGCUCCCUCCGGUACAUUUGAACAUCGGAAAGCAAAGAUAGCGUCCCGUUUUUUUCCCGUUCUAGUAAGCGCUUGAUCACGACAAUCUUACAGAAAACCAGGAUACCAUGAACAGUCUAGAUGACUGAAAGAAAAAAUCUGUCACGAGAGCAAUCUGUUAUUGCUAUUCUUAUCUGUUUUUACUAAUUCUUUAUUAGGGAAAUGGAACGACAAGGAGACGCAAAGGCAUUUAUCCGAAUCCCAAGGAUUCCAAUCCUAAGAAUUCCUCGAAUCCCGAGGAUUCCGAUCCCGAGAAUCCCGAGAAUCCCGCGAAUCCCGAUCCCCAGAAUCCCACGAAUCCCGAUUGCCAGAGUCCCACGAAUCCCGAGGAUUCCGAUCCCGAGAAUCCCAAGGAUUCCGAUACCGAGAAUCCCACGAAUCCCGAGGAUUCCGAUACCGAGAAUCCCAAGAAUCCCGAGGACUCCGACCCGAAGGCGGAUUUGGGGAAAGAAGUGAUAUGUCAAAAACUCUUUACCGAUGAGGAAAAU